AUGGACAUGAAGCAGCACGCGCUCGCUGCCCUCAGCAGCCGCAAGACAGACGGCAAGGGACUGCGCGUGGCCAUCGUGCACGCGCAGUGGAACGCAGAGGUCGUGAACGCGCUCGUGGCCGCGGCGCAGACGGAGCUCCUGCGCGCGGGCGUCGCCGCGUGCGACGUGGUCGCCGUCGCGGUCUCGGGCGCCUACGAGUUGCCGUACGCGGCGAACCGACUGAUUCUGUCGCAGAAACUCGACGCAGUCAUUUGUAUUGGCUGCCUCAUCAAGGGCGACACGAUGCACUUUGAGUACAUCUGCGACGCCGUGUCGCAGGGCCUCAUGCGCGUGCAGCUCGACACGAACGUGCCCGUGCUCUUUGGCGUGCUGACGGUGCUCAACGAGCAGCAGGCGAAGGACCGCGCGGGGCUCUCGGACAAGGGCCACAACCACGGCACCGAGUGGGCGCAGACGGCCAUUGAGAUGGCGCGUCUGCGCGAAGCCACACUCCGGACCGGCUGCCCCAUGCGCCCGCCAGAGCACUUGCCCUACGACAGUCUGAGCAACUGCCCGUUCUUUUCAGCGUCGACGUGGCUGCACGUUGCGACGCUCGGCGCGAUUGGGAUCGUCAUUGCGCUCGUCUCGAAGAAAGUCACGUAG